GGUUACUCACAAUGUCCAAUAAGUUAGCUCGAUGAAGUGAUCACAGGACAUCUCAUUAUUAGCAAACCCUAAUUUAGAACUUCUACGCAUCUAACCCUCGACGAUAUCUUCUUAAUCGAAGGAUGGUGAGUCGACCCAAAAAGAAAGCUCGGGUAGAGGUAGAGGAGGAGGAAGAAGAAGAGGAAGAAGAUGAAGAAGAAGAGUACCAAGUUGAAUAUUUGAAGGGAGCCAAAGUUGAUGAUGACGGAGAAUGGCGAUAUCUUGUUAAGUGGCAUGGCUACGAUGAACCGAAACAUGACACAUGGGAACCUGAAGAACAUAUCGCGAAUUGUCAACGCUUACUGGCUUCGUUCUGGCAGGAAAUAGGUACCGAUGACAAGGAUUAUGACCCUGGGUAUCAGUGCGCUCCGUCAGAAGCCUGGAUUAGUCUGUACUUCCUCCGUUCACCCUCAGAAAUGGAUCUAAUGGUGUCACAUAGAGAAGGAAAAGGCCCGGUUCGUUCGAGACAACCCAGAUACGAAGAAUAGAAUCGCGGCCCAGAAAGCCAGAGAGGCGGAGCAAGAGAAAAAAAGACAAGAGAGAAGGCAAAAACAGGAACCUAACGACAACGCCUCAGUUUUCCCGAAAAUUGCCUCGAAGAAGGGCAAGUCGACACAAAAAUCGACACAGAAAUCUACUAUACAAGCAGACACAUCUUCAGACUCAGAGCUUCUUUCGACCAAAGCAGUAGAAAAAUCUCAGAAAACGAGGAAAGUGAAGAAGCCGACUAUUGCAUCUUCAGAUUCCUCUUCG